AUGUCUUCCACGGAUUACAAUUACGAUGAACAGGGCCAAUUCUUCCCUUACUUUAUUCUCACCCUCACCGGCCUCGUUACCCUUCCUCUCACAUACAGUCUUCUCAGUCCUCCAAAAAAACUUGAGAACACCGCUCCCCGAAUAAAUUCGACUUUCAAACCCAAACAUGAAGACCUUAUCCAGGCUCAGAAACGGAAGCGCUUGCGCAAGGAGCGACGAGUCAAACGCUUUAUCGCAGUGGUAGUCGGCUGGGCUAUCAUCGGCUGGAUGAUCUACCUCAUUAUAGUCACAGCCCGUACAUUGCCAAAAUUAUAUGAUCCCUAUGAGAUUCUUGGCGUGUCUAGGAGCGCCGACGAGAAGGCCAUCUCUCGUCACUACAAGAGAAUGUCUCUGAUUUACCACCCCGAUAAAAUCCGACCGGACCCAGCAAAGAAUGAGACGAUCGAUGACCUCAAUCAACGGUUUGUGGAAUUGACCAAGGCCUAUAAAGCCCUCACCGACGAAGAAAUCCGCAACAACUACCUGCAAUAUGGACACCCCGAUGGAAAACAAAGCUACAGCAUUGGCAUUGCAUUACCAAAAUUGAUUAUCACUGAGGGCAUGGGAAAAUACGUUCUAUUGGUCUACGGAAGUCUUCUCGGUGUUCUUCUUCCUUACAUUGUCGGAAAAUGGUGGUACGGAUCUCAGCGCUACACCCGGGAAAAAGUCCUCAUUGCAAGCGCUGGCAACAUGUUCAGAGAAUACAAGGAGGAUAUGAUUGGUGGCCGCGUCAUUAGCGCUCUUUCGACUGGAGAGGAGUACAAGGAACUGCUUAAGGGUGCCAGGUCGGAAGAAGGUCUGGCCAAGGUUGAGAAGAAAGUGAUGGCUAUUGAUGAGAAAAUAUUACCCGCAAAAGACCGUGAAGUUAUUCGGAAACUAGACGAUUCGACGAGGAGAAAGGCACUGUCAUUAUUAUGGGCAUACCUCAACCGUAUUGAUUUGGAAGACACUACGCUGGAACUAGAAAAAUACGAGGCGGGAGCUAUUGGUCUCGCCCUCAACGAGUCUUUUACUGCCAUCACACUCGCUUUUGGCAAUCUCCUACCAGUCAUUGGCGCAUAUCGUUCAUCUCAAAAUAUCAUCCAAGCUAUCGCUCCCGGUUCAUCACCUCUCCUUCAAUUACCACACUUCACUCCCGAGGUCGCCAAGUCGGUAGAGGGCGUCGAUGCUAAGACACAUUUGAGUGUGCAAAAGUACAUGGAAAUACCAGAAGAGAAACGUCGCUCCUUGACUAUCGGCCCCGGUUUGUUAUCCGAGGAACAGUACAAGGCCGCCACCAAUGUGGCCAAGCAACUACCGUACUUUGUCAUCUCGAAAGCUUUCUUCAAGGUUGUUGGCGAACGAUUCAUCACACCAAGCAGUCUUGUCCAACUUGUGAUCAAGGGACGCAUUAUCCCACCAGGAUAUACAACAUCCGCCCCUGAGGUCAACGAGUUGGAUUUGGAAGAUAUCGAUCCUGAAGAAGGCGAUCUUGACGCUCUCCAUAACCGCAAUGUCGGAAAGACCAGGAAGGUCAAGAGAGCAGAUGGCUCGAUAGUGGAAGAGAAGCAAGAAAUCAUCCAGCCUCAAUUGACGUAUGCCCCAUACCUACCCCGCGACCAUUCUCCCAGGUGGCAUGCCUUCCUUGCCGACCCCAAGCAAGGAAAGAUUGCUGUUCCUCCGUUCAACUUCACUACGUUCGACAAGCCUAUAUUCGACGACGCUGGCAAGCCCACAUUCAACGUGCAAACCCUCAAAAUGCAAUUUCAAGCUCCUCCACAAGUUGGCGAAUUUACAUUCGCCCUGCAUCUGAUUUCAGACAGUUAUAUGGGAUUCGACAUCAAGAAAGAGAUUACUCUUCACAUUGACGACCCAGCCAAGGCUGCAGCAGUUGAAGAGGAUGACGACAUUAGUGAGCCAGAUGAAGAUUCCAUUGCCGGUCAAAUGCAAGCUCUAAAGACUGGCGUCCCUCCAUCUCAAAAGAAGAAAAAGAAACCAGCAGACGAAGAGUCGGAUGAUGAGAGUGACACGGAAGGAGAAGUCGACGACACGAGUGAGACAGAUACCGAGACCGAUACUGAUGGCGAAUAG